CUGUUGAGUGUUUGUUUUCUUUCUAUCCCUCUACAUCCUCCAUCAUCUGUCACCAUGACAACCUCAGCCCUACGACGACAGGUGAAGAAUAUUGUGCACAACUAUUCGGAGGCGGAGAUCAAGGUCCGUGAGGCCACCUCGAACGAUCCAUGGGGCCCGUCCUCGUCUCUCAUGUCAGAGAUCGCUGACCUGACCUUUAACGUGGUGGCGUUUGCAGAGGUCAUGGGCAUGGUGUGGAAACGCCUCAACGACAGCGGCAAGAACUGGAGACAUGUCUACAAGGCCCUGACUCUGUUGGAUUACCUACUGAAGACAGGAUCAGAGAGAGUGGCUCAGCAGUGCCGGGAGAACGCAUUCACUAUUCAGACGCUGCGUGACUUCCAGUACGUAGACCGAGACGGCAGAGACCAGGGAGCCAACGUGAGAGAAAAGGCUCGACAACUGGUGUGUCUCCUCCGUGAUGAGGAGCGGCUCCGUCAGGAGAGGAGUCAGGCCCUGAAGACCAAGGAGCGGAUGGCUGGGGGAGGAAGUGGCGGCGGUGGUAGUAGUAGUGGUGGUAGUGGUGUGUAUGGAGGUAUACCGCCAUCUUACCACCCAGGCAGGCGAACAAGCCAGCCCAGCAUGGCCGUGCUGUAUGGGGAGGAGUUCAGCCGCUCCAGAGGCUCCCCAUCCUCCUUUAACUCCUCGUCCUCGUCCCCUCGCGCCGCCUCAGACCUGGAGCAGGCCCGACCUCAGACCAGCGGGGAGGAAGAGCUGCAGCUCCAGCUGGCUUUAGCCAUGAGCAGGGAGGAGAGUCAAAAGGAGCAAUGCUGUCGCCAAGGAGACGAUUCUCAGUUGCAGAAGGCCCUGGAUGAGAGCAGGAGAGAGAGCCAGUCGAGGACACAGGAGUCAGCCAUGCUGGACCUGGUGGACAUAUUUGGCCCUUCAUCCGAGGGCAAACCUCCCUCGAAGGACCCUUGGAACUCUUCCCAACCCACCUGUGAAGUCACCUCUGACCCCUGGGAGACCGCAGCAGUUCAGUCCAGCACUCCUGUGAUCGGCAGCCCUUGGGCAGCCCCACCUUCAUCCUCAACGGCAUCCAAUCCGUGGGCUCCGUGUGAAAACUCACACACAGACCCCUGGGAAGCUGUGCCCGUCUCCUCCAGUCCUGUCAACCACUCAUGGGAGAGCCCAACAGACGGAGACGGAGAUGGGGCCGAUCCAUUUGAUGGACAGGAAGAGGAGAAGCCGAAAUCAGAGGUUCCUCAGUUGUCCUCCCCUCAACCUGCAAGUCCUACAGAGGCUGAGCUGUUCGGAGUAAAGGUGGACUCUGACCCUUUUGUUGAAGCGGAUUCAAAGACAGAUCCCUUUGGGGCCGACACUCCGGUGAAACCCUUGGUGAAUGGACGAGAAUCAUCCAGCCCAGAGAUGUUCGAUCUGUCGCGGCUAGCUCCACCUCUCAGCGCCCCGGCUACACGUGUGUGUCGAACCCCAGAGACCUUCCUUGGCCCUACAGGGGCCUCGCUGGUGAACUUAGAUGCCCUGAUACCCACAAAUGCCACUUCCAAAAUGCACAACAACCCCUUCCUCUCAGGUCUGAGUGCUCCGUCUCCCACCAACCCCUUCCACUGCGACCAGCCUCGCCUCACCCUCAACCAAAUGCGACCACACUCCACAUCCCCACUGCCCCCCCACAUGCUCUCCUACAGCCCAUCUCUGCCUCUCCCUCUGCACCACCACCCGCCUGUCCUCCCUUCAUCCAUGACACAACCUCCUGCCGGACUCCUGGACCUUCCCUCCAACCUCCCGCAGCCCCUCCUCCCGCUCUCUCCUCGCCCGGCAACUCGCACCCAGUCCCAGACACACACACACAGCCACAACCCUUUCCUCUGAGACCCCUGCAUCGGUCCACAUCUGCACAGAAAGAACAAGACCACAGAAUGGACUCUUUUUUUUUUGGGAUCAAUCUAUGCUGACUACAAUGAGAUUUGUUCAAACGAGCCUGAACUGAACCCAAGAUUGUGUUCUGAUGUCAUUGUGCACACUUGAAGCAGAUCAAACUUGGACUGGAUGUAUUUGUGUCUGUCUGAAGACACAUCAGCUGCUAUAUUUACCUGAACUCUUGAAGCAAAGCUAAGUCACACACACAAACACACACACUUACACACUCAGGCGCACAUGGACACAAACACACACACACACCACCAAACAAACAGGGUGUAUCUCAACAGUCCCCUUGAUGCCUUUCUCCAUCAACAGUGACACUCCUUCUGAGCACCCUCAGACCACAGACGGAACUGUACUCUUAGGGAUGAAUCCACUUACAAAGAUUGUCCACCAUCAGGAUCCUUACCGCUGCUGCUUCACCGACAAAAGCAUGAAUGCAUCCCACCCCUGAAAAACCAAACUAAUUUAUCCUGCAGAGCACCUGGAUGAGUUCUUCACAAACACGCUCUGUCUCAGAGGAGUCAAGUAGUGUCUUGAGCUUUAUUGGCACAAGUGAAAACGUGGAGGAGGUCUAUAAAUUAAAGAUUCACAAAAGCAUUAAAGGGAUUUAAUUAAGUGGGGUUGUGUGAGGUAUUUGUCAAUAGUGAGUUUAUAACCCACAGGAGAGUCCACAGAAGAUUUCUCUCAUUCAACACUUGCACACUCCAACAGCUGACCAGUACACAACAGGCUGAAGAGCAUGCAAGAGUUCAUAUGCAAAUUAUGCCGAAACAAAGUGCAAAAUGUCUCAAUGAUUAGAUUCAGAAUUGUUUAAAAGUAGCUAAAUUUGGGUAAAGGUGUGUUGACCCCACCUGCAGCAGUGUAUAGCCUAGCUUCAGAGACGAUUAUCGGGACAGAUUCUCAACAAAGACUAUGAUUGACAUCUCCUCCAGGCACUGAUGCCAACUUUUUAAAAAUGUCAGUGUAGCCGAUAGCCAGCGUUCAACAAUUUCCAGGCUACCUUUUGGUCCAAUGCAUCCCUGGAGUAGCGCCCAUGCAUCUGUUUCAAGUGAGCCUCAGUUUAACAGUAGAUAGUAAGUUAAACAGAGGCUUCACUCGGGCUUACUUCAGCGGUUUGAGCCCAAACAAGAAAGAAUUUUCAAGUCUGAAGUUUGCAGAAAUAGCAGAAUCAUGAUGGUGUCUGUGAAGUGGUAAAAUGUAAACUUUUUCAGGUCUGUACUAAAAUAUUUGUUGAAAUGAUGGGAUUAAUAAUUUCCGAUGCAUUCAAAAGAGUCAGGAAGUGAAAAUUACUUUUAAUAACUCAGGUGUUUCUGUCUCUGAAGUUUAAAUAUUUGAUCUUAAACUUUGUGUCAGCUGCACUUACAUGAAGAUGUAUCUUUAUAGAGAUAAAUAAAUUAUCAUCAGGUGGCCACAGAGAAGUCAGGCAGUCAUGAUGGCAGUGUGUCUGCCUGCUUUUGCUCUCCACAUGCACAGUUUUCCCUGAAUACACCAAAGCCCGCCUGCCUAAUCCGCUUUAGAACCUGUAAACAGAGAUGACCUGUGGGUGAUGAAGUUCAUUUUGACAUUUGCCUCACACAGCCCAACUUAAAACAAUUUAACUAUCUCUUAAAGCUCUGCUCAAGAACUAAUUGACUCCGGUAUUCUUCCUGACAUGGACACUAUAAUAUUGAAUUGCCUUGUUCCCUUGCAAGUUCAAAAGCACCUGAUCCUAAGUUAGGUAUCGUCCCCUAGUCCCAGCAGAGUCCAUGUUAGUUUGAAAACUGGACUAACCCAGCCCCUGAAAGAUUGUAGUGUCUCCACCUGGACCUUCACUGAUCACUGAUUGUUCCCUAUCAGCCCCCCGUGCCUGUCUCCACAGCUGACCCACAAUGCAUUCCCCCGAAGGUUCACAUUAGCACCAUGGAGGAGGACCUCAGGGAGGACACUCUGUCCCUCCUCUAAGGAGACUGAUGCUUGGUGAAUAGAAAGGCAUUGUCAAGGAAAUUUGAUGACUUUCUUUUAAGUAUGAAAAAUGAAGGAGGGUAAAGUGAAGAAUAACAAACAAAAACAAAGUGAAAUGUUAGAUUAACGUCAGCUCUAAAUUUGCUCGUAUGUUGGGAUGAAGAGAAUCUGACAAGACAAUGAUCUGUUCAUCACUGCACUGAACCCAACUGGACCUGAAUGUGAAACGCCUGCCCAUAGAUACACACAGGCUGAGUACAUAUGUAUUUAACAGAAUGAUAUCUAUUAAAUAAUAUGAGAUAUUAUACCAAUAAAUGUUUGCAUUAUAAA